ACAGCAUUCGCACCCGCACCCCACCAUGUGGCAGCUGCUCCUUCUCAGUCUGCUCUCAGGCAGUGGCCCAGCCAUUGCAACUUGGAGCCCUGCAGAGAACGGAUGCACCAAAGGGGCCACAUACUGGUGCAGCAACCUCCUGACGGCUAUCCAGUGUGGGGCCCUGGAGCACUGCAUGCAGGUCGGAUGGGACCCAGCCACCAAGGAGGACACCUGUGCGGACUGCAAACAGGUCAUCGCCAUCCUCAUCCGCAUGGCCAAGGAGUCCUCCUUCAAGAAAGCCAUCCAGAAGUACCUGGAGGACGAAUGCAAGAGCUUCCCUCUACACACCUUGGUCCCACGCUGCCAGUCUCUGGUGGACACCUACUAUGCCCAAAUCAUUGCCGUCUUGGAAGGACAGAUGAAUCCCAGCACCAUCUGUGCAAAGUUGGACCUCUGUCAGUCUGACCCAUCGGGGGGCCAGGAGGAUGCCUUUGACGUGCUGCUUCCGGAGAUCAGAGGGCUCCUUCUGCCCCAGCAAGGCAAAGCUCUCUCGUUGCCCCACAGCCAGACCCAGGGGAGCCCUGGGGAGGGGUGGCCGAUCCCCCUUCCCAUGUGCUGGCUGUGCAGGUCCUUUGUAGGAAGGCUCGAAUCUCUCAUCCCAAAGGCUACCAUCGGCAAGGCUAUGGGCCAGCUUUGCCGCAUCAUGCCUGUGGCCAUUGGGGGAAUGUGCCAGUGCCUAAUGGAGAAAUAUACCGUGACCAUUGUGGACAUGAUUGUGGCCAAGCUGGGGCCACAAUUGCUCUGUGGGAUGCUGCUCAUGUGUGUCACAGACGAAAACUGUGGCCCAGAAAUCCCUCCGGCAGUUGCCCCGCUCUCUCUCGCAAGGGACAGAUGCCAAGCCUGCCUCACCAUCAGCGACCAAGUGAAGGGGGCUAUCCAGGCCAACAGCACCCAGGCUGAACUGGAAGGAGCCUUGCUUGCAGCCUGCAGCAGCACCUUCCUGGACUGGGAAGAGUGCAAAAGCUUCAUCUAUCAGCAUCAACCCAACCUAUUUACGCUGCUUCCAAAGCCAUGGGAUUCCCAGAUGAUCUGCCAGGAACUGGGUGCUUGUGCAGCCGAGAAACACUUUCCGGAAGCCGCAACCUGUGCCCAGGGCCCCAUGUUCUGGUGCUCCAGCUUGAGGGCUGCUGAACAAUGCAAGGCAGUGCAGUACUGCCAGGCUCAUGUGUGGCUGUAGCCAAAAAUGAAAAUGAAGAUCUAGCUGCCUUCAGCGAGAGACCUGCUCCUCUUUCCCCCACUUACUUGGAUUCUUCCUGCUAACUGACCAAUGGAAGAGGGAAGGAGACAAAAGGGACAGGAGGUUCUCACUUUCUCAACUAUUAAAAUCAAUCAUCAAAUGAU